AUGCCUGCCACCCUUACUCGCAAGCUGGGCAAAAACGGCCCCGAAAUCCCUGCAAUUGGCUUCGGCCUCAUGGGCAUCGGCAUCGCCUGCUACGGUGCAACCGGCGGUGACGAGGAGCGCCUGGCCGUGCUCGAUCGGGCCUGGGAGCUCGGAUGCACCCACUGGGACACCUCCGACGUCUACGGAGACUCGGAGGAUCUCAUUGGCAAGUGGCUGAAGCUGCAUCCCGAACGCCGCGCGGACAUCUUCAUAGCCACCAAGUUUGGCAUCAACGUUGAGACCAAGCCUGACGGGACGUAUACGGGCAGCGUCAACAGCACUCCGGAGUACGCCAAGGAGGCCUGCGCGAGGAGCCUGAAGCGCCUGGGGGUCGACUACAUUGAUCUGUACUACUGUCACCGGGUGGACACCAAGACGCCCAUUGAGAAGACUGUCCAGGCCAUGGUUGAGCUGAAGAACGAGGGCAAGAUCAAGUACCUCGGCUUCUCCGAAAUCUCGGGCGACAGCCUCCGCCGAGCCCACGCCGUGCACCCCAUCUCGGCCGUGCAAGUCGAGUACCACCCGUGGGCCCGGGAAAUCGAGGGCCCCAAGUCCAAGCACCUGCUCCGGGCGUGCCGCGAGCUCGGCGUGGCCACGGUCGCCUACUCGCCCCUGGGCCGGGGCAUCCUGACGGGCCAGUACACGUCGACGUCGGAGCUGGACGCCGGCGACUACCGCAAGAACCUGACGCAGUUCAAGGACGACAACCUCAAGAAGAACCUGCAGCUGGUGGACAAGUUCAAGGAGGUUGCGCAGAGGAAAGGGUGCAGCCUGUCGCAGCUGGCGCUGGCGUGGCUGCUCGCUCAGGGGGAUGACAUCUUGCCCAUCCCGGGCACCAAGAAGAUCAAGUAUCUGGAGGACAACUUUGGGGCGCAGGAUGUGCGCUUGACGGCGGAGGAGGCGGAGGAGAUUCGCAAGGUGGUGGAUGAGUUGGGGGUUGCGGGCGAGCGUGAUGUUGCCUUUAACGAGUAUGCCGAUACGCCUGCUCUUUGA